AUGCCUCUGGAGGUGGUGGUGGAGCUGCAGAUCCGGGCGGUUUCCUGCCCCGGAGUGUUCCUGCCGGAGAAGCAGGCUGUGUUCCUGGGGGUCUAUCUGCUGAAUCAGUACCUGGAGACGGACUGCUUCCCAUCCGUGUUCCCUAUUGUGAUUCAGCGCUGCAUGAGAUUUGAAAAGGUAUUUGAAAAUGCAGUCGACCCUGGAGCUGUAGCCGACCUUUUAGAAAGCUUCCUAACCAGGUUUGAAUUAAUUCAACUAGUACCUCCAGCAUGGGAAGAGUUGGCUUACUAUGAAAAAAAUACACGAGAUUUUCUUUUCCCGGAGCCCACGCUGACAAUGCCACACCCUGGGAUGUAUCGGGAGGUGCUCAUGAAGACAGCCAUCGGUUUUCCAGGUAUUGCUCCCAAACUAGAGUUUGCCACAAGGACAGCCAUCCGAGAAUGUGCGCCUCUGCAUAGGGACAGAUUUCUGGAACAAAAGUAUAAGUCACAAAGACCUUUAUCACCAUCACGUAGACCAAUAUUCCCCUUAAAUAACACCAAUACCAAGAUGGUAGUGAAGAUGAAUCGUCUGGACAGGCUGCCCGCAGGCGUGGACCCCCGGGUCCCUUCUCCCUACUGCAUGCGACAUUGCUUCCUGCAGCAGCCGGCUCUGCUCACCCCUGGAAAUGACUGCAAGAUCUCUGCAGGAAGCAAACCUCCAUUUGUGGUUAGACACGUGGACAGUGCAAAACCUUUUGGUGAGAACAAUUCGGAACACUGUUCCCGGAAGUCUAAAAGAAAAUCCGAGUUUUCAAACUUUCCCUUUCCAAUGAGAAGAGCUUCUUCUCUUGACAGCCUUGCAGCUAACGUAAAGGUUAUCAAAGAGCCAGAUGAACGCAUCAUUUUAAGGAGAGGAUUGCCAUCAGCCUUAGACUCCAGGAAGUUGGAAAAGCUGUCACCCAGGAACCAAGGGGAUACCGACUGCCACCGGGAAAUGUCGUUUGCUACCUCCCAGCACUCCAGAACUCCCAGCCCGCAGGAUCAGCUCCUGUUCCACGAAAGGUUCCAGCCUUCUUCUCGGCCCACCUGGAAGAAGAUCCAUGAAAGAGUGUGCCGUCUUCUGACAUCCCACAGAGCCCAGCAACACCCCUACAUGGAAGAUCCUGCCUCUGAAAUCAAUUAUAUCGCUGAAAGACCAAGCAGUCCUUGGGAGAAAUACCCACAACGUGAACAAAGAUAUUUCUAAGCUGCUGUCUUGUGAAAAGAGGAAGGCAAGCUGAAGGAAGAUCACGAAGAGUGCGCUCAUCAAGACAACAGAUGCAUCCUUCCAGAAAUGAAUGAUUUGUGUUGUCUCUGUUGAGUUACUGGGGUCUAACCUAUUAAGUCAAACUCUGUACUCAGCCUUUUGUGCCAAGGUAAGAGUACUUAUUAAAGUGUUUCCUCUUU